CAGUACAAUUUUGCGCGUCGAAAGAGCUUAACAACAGGUGGUUGGCUGCCUGCUUCUUGUGGUGUUUCAAUACUGUGUGUUCCUAUUUUCAAUUUUGUUCAUGAAUUAAAUACAUAUAAAAAUAUAAAAAACAACAACAAAAUAUCUUAGAGAUUAGGUAAAAGUGGGCAGUAUUAGGAAAGGUCCGAAUAUUGUUGUGCCAAGUGACCAAAUUUUAUAACGAAAGUACAAAUUUAAGGUGCCUCCUGCAACAAGUACAAAGUAUACCACAACAACAACAAAACCAAACCAGUUCUAGAAGUCAGCUGUUGGCUAUUUUAGCAAACGAACCCACACACACACACAGACAGACACAUACUCAUACGCUUACGAGGAAGGCAAUCAUUGACAUUGAUUUGUUGUCUGUCGUUGGUGCUACUAAAAAUUUACUUGUGCGAAAGUGUAUCCCAACACAGAUAGUCGCCUGUGGACCUGGGUGAAUUUGGCUGUUCCUACCAGCGGGAAAAAAGAAGUUACUCUCGCGCGCUCUCCCUCUCUCUCUCUCUGUCUUCUGUUUACUUUCGGAUGACUGCCUGGGUGUUCUCGCAGCCCCCUACUGCUGUCGCGCCGCUGCUGUUUACUAAAUGUAAAGAAAUGUGAACGUGCGGAUCGCCGCCAUAUCAGCUGGUUGUUUGCCUGGUUUGCUGAACUCACUCCGUCUGCAGUCUUGUUUGGAACCGUGACCAUCGCGCACAAUUUCACACUGGCACACGAAACGGGUUAUAAACGAAUUUUAAAGAACUGAAACCACAGACUGUGAUGUAAAGAAGAACAAGUAAGAAAAGCAAACGUAUAGCAGAAUGUGCGAAAACGAGAACAAGUAAUUUUCCAAAUUGAAAUAAGUGAUAACAAAAAAAACAAGAAUUUCAAUUCCAAAAAACCAAAUGGCUGUUGAAACAUUCAUAUGUAGGUAGGCCUAUUUGAGAAUUGAGAACUACAAAUAAAUUUGAAGCUAUCAAAAAAAAAACAAAAACCUCUACAAAGGAAUCCUUUUGAAAAGCAACAAAGUGACAUCAUCGAUCGAUAGUUGCAGAAAUUGCUCGCAAAAGCGUCGAAGUCUCAAAGCCAACGAUGUCCAAAUAUGCAGUGCGGAAGUGACACACGUCUAUCUCAACACCCAAAAUCACAAAAGUAGAGUUAGCAAGAAAAUCGAUCGUUGUACAACUGUCUCCCAAACCGGAACACCGCCCGUAUCCCCACCACCGUCCGUCUGUCUCCGAUUGUUACAAAAUCCAAACAAAUCCAAUGAAAAUGUAAAUAAAUGAAACACAACAAAAACAUAAAAUAAAUACAAAUGCCUACAAAAAUAAUGUGUAUACCAAGCAGAACCAAGUGAAAUUGUGUAAACGGCAAUAGAACGUCGAACGACGACAACAAAAACAAAAGAAACAACACCGAAGAACAAAAGCCGAUACUUUUUUCGAUUUAUUUUCAAAACAAUUCUAAUAUCAGUUCAAGUGCGUGAGUGCGUCUGUGAAUCGCGGCGUUAGUAGUGAUAGUUCAAUAAACAAAUUAAAACAGCAACAACAACAAAAAUAAUAACGCCAACAAUUAUCAUCGUCCAACAAUGAAGCCACAAUCUACAACGAAGAAGGUAGCCCCCGAUGGCGGCUGGGGAUGGGUAGCCUGUUUUGGUGUGAGUCUGGUCAAUUUGGCCACGCGGUCUAUAGAACCGUCAUUUGGAUUACUCUUUGGUGAUUUAUUGCGCGAUCUCGAUGUGGGCACCACUGGAGCUGCUGUCAUCAUCAGUACACUUGAUGUGUGCAUGAACUUUUCCGGCCUGUUUGUGGGGCCUUUGCUAAAGGAAUUCUCAUACCGGAAGGUGGCCAUAGCUGGAUCAAUUUUAUGUGCCUUGGGUUUGGCGUGUACCAGCCCUGCAUCCAGCAUGGCCCACAUCAUUAGUACAUAUGGAGUCCUCAAUGGUAUUGGUGUGGGUUUGGCGACGUCAGCUGCCUUUGUUGCCCUCAAUCACUACUUUAAACAUAAACGUGGACAAGCUGUGGGCCUAUCCAUGGCUGGCACUGCAAUGGGUAUGCUGAUCAUGCCUCAAUUAGUUCGUAUCCUGCUUGAGGCAUUUGGAUUUAGAGGGGCUGUCCUGCUUUUGGCUGGUGUUGCUUUAAAUGCCACAGUGGGUUCAGUGCUGUUGCAACCAGCCAAAUGGCAUAUGAAGGAGGAGAAAGUGGACGAGGAAAUGAUGGUCAUUGCUCCAAUACCAGAGUUCAAAGUUAUUCAUGAGGAUGGAACGGAGGAGGAUGCAUUGCCCGAAAUGAAUACUCUACUCUUCCACAAACAUAACCAACUACAGAAUUCGAUGCGUAAAAACUAUUCGGAAAUAGCCAUGAAUACAAUGAAUGGUUCGCGCAUGGGUCUACCGAAAAGACCUACCUUCCCACGAAUCAUGUCUUUGGCCGGCGUCCAGUCGGCUGAAAGUGCCUACAUGUCCAAUCACGACGUAAGCAUGCAACUGAGGCAUCGCAAACAGUCGGUAACAUCAAACCUAUCCUACAUGGACUUCACCGGUUCUAUCUUGCAAGUCCACAUGAAUGUGGGCGAUGAUGAAUUCGAACAGAAUGACCGCGAACUGAAGAGGGUCAGCACUGCAACAGGCACCAUCACCAGCGGUCAUCGGGACUCCUUCAUAAAGAUGAAACCCACGGAAAUGGAAAAGGCUGCUGAUAGUGCUGCUGAAGAAGAGAAAAAGCCUGGAUUUUGGGUCAGAUUCGCCGAUCUGAUGGACGUAGAUUUGCUCAAGGACAAAAUGUUCCUCAACAUCCUGUUCGGUCUAUCGAUUUUCUAUGUUGCCGAAAUGAAUUUCAAAAUGGUGACACCUUUCUUUUUCGCCGAUUUGGGUUACGACAAAAAGGAUGUGGCCUUUUGUCUGUCCAUAACCGCCAUUACAGAUAUUGCUGCCCGUAUCGUUUUGCCGCCCAUCUUCGAUCGCACCAACAUUAAAAAACGUACCGUUUUCCUGGUGUCCAUUAUAUUCGUUGCCAUAACGCGGUCAAUUAUGGCCGAACAAAAGGACUGGACCCAACUGAUGGUUUGGCUGUCGAUUUGUGGCUUCUUUAGGGGUUCAGCACUCAGUAACUUUACUCUGACGGUUUCUGAGUACUGUUCUCUGGAGAAACUGCCGUCAGCCUUCGGUUGGCACUUGGUGGGCAAAGCCGUGUUCGUUAUAUGUUUUGGUCCUUUGAUAGGUCUCAUCCGUGAUGUUACUCAAAGCUAUCCCAUUUGCAUUCAUGCCCAAAGUGUAUGCAUUUUCCUCUGCGGCAUUGCCUGGUGCAUAGAAUACGUUAUAGACUAUUCACGUCGUAGGAAAGUUCAAAACGCCGCCAAUGGUGACGUCACCGACGCUCUAACAACAGAAAACAAACAAUAGUAUGAGUGCUGGUGUAAUAUUAAGGAUCCUAAUAAUUUCAAAACUAAAUUUAGUUGUAACUUUAGAACAAUUUAUAUUAGUGUGUGUGUAUGUGUGCCAAGCGUCAACACACAACUCAAAGACCAAAUUGUCUCCAUUUCGGCCAAAUGAUUCACACACAUGUAUGUGUGUAUUUUACAAUAAUUUCAUUUGAAACAUUAAACCUGUAAUUCCAUAAGUGCGAAAUUUUAGUCGGUUUUCUGGAGAUUCAAAAACUAUUGAUUUGAAAAUUGACUCCGAUUUAAAUUUAGUGAGCUCGGAAUAACAAUCAAACUUGCAUGAGAAUGUUGCACACAAUAUUAUUUCAAAUUGUUGCAGUAUUUUUAUUAGUUAAUGGACGACUUACUUAUAAAAACAAUAAUAAUAAGUUAAAUACUAUUGACUUGUAUGUGAUAGUUCAAAAUAUUAAUAAUUGUAAGUGAAUCAAACCAAACUCUCACCUUAAAACAUUCUAUAAAAUUGAAACGGAUUAAAGAGUAAAAGAAUAGCCAAAAUCACCUUAUCUCUACUUUUAACACCAGAUGGCGAUUAAUUUGGAGUUGUGUAUUAGAAAAUAAGAAUUAAAUUAAUUAUUAAGACAGAUUUGUAUUUGGAGAUGAUAUUAAUGGCUGUAUUUCUUUCAACUUAGACUUCAACAAUCCCCCAAUUCGAUUACCGAUGUUCUAAAUAAUUAUCAUAACGUACGGACUCAAUGUAGGAAACUGGACACAAUUUUUGAUUACCUCAUGUUUAGUGUACGUACAUGUCCACAUAUGUACAUACAUUACUCACAGUCGCUGUCAUCUUACUGCUUAUACUUAAUUGAUUAAUUAAUUAUUUCUUGGAAAGCAUUACUCGAUGCGGAUUAAUUUUAUACAUUCCCGUUAGUUUUUCAAAUGUUAAUUGAUUUAAGGGCCUCCAUGUUCAACACCCCAGAGAAGAUGUGAUGAGAAUAUUUUCAUGACAUAACACACACUCUGUUUAAAUGUGCGAACACGUACAUUUUUUCGGCCACAAUUCAUGUUCUUUCACACAAAGUAUUUUGAAUCAUCUCAUUUGAUUCUAAAAAAAUAUGUUCGAAUUGUCUUUUCAGAGUUGAGGUUCAGUUGGCUUUCCGUUUAUUGCAUAACUUUCGCUCAGGGUGUGUUGCAAAAAUCUUGAUAAAUACUCAAUAAGUGGUAAAACAACAACAUACUUACUGAAUAUUGAAUUGUUGAAGAUGGAAAAAUUAGGCCAUAGUUCAUAAAGCGUACUUUGUUAGCGUAAUAGUAUUUUUAUUCAGUUCAGUAUCAAAUUGUUAAAUAUCUUCCACAACUCCUUGACAAAGACCAAUUUACCCACAAAAAAUUGUAUAGUUUUUAUAAGAGUAAACCUAUUUAUACAUUUUUACCUAUUUACUUAUAUAUUACUUACAUAAAUUACAUAGAUUUUAAAAUUAAACUUAAAAAAUGCAAGUAUGUACAUAUUUUAAAGUAUAUACCUAGACGAAGCCCAACAAAUACAUGAAAGAAAUAAUGUCUUGAUACGCAAUUACAAUAUUUCAAUGAAAAAAAUGCCAGUACUUAUUUUAAAUUGUAUGUUUAAUUUAAAAUGUAUGUUCUAUCUGUGCUUCACUUAACUGAUUUCGAAAUUCAUUGGACAAUAUAUGCAUGGAACGCAAUGUAUGUGUCUUAUAAUUGUAUGUGUAAUAUAUGCAAAUACAUUUAGGAGGAAAAUCAUGCGAUAAAUAUUUUUAGAAAGUGUAAAUUUUAUUAAUUAAAAGAAAAAUAACGUAACCAAAGUA